GUGUUUGUUUCUGAACAGUUCGACUGUCGUCACAAAACAUCAAUAGAGAUUUAGUAAAGGCAGUGCAUUUGUGGCGUGGAAGCAGCUAAAAUGUAGUUCGCGUAAUUAGGAUGCACGUUGAGGGAAUGGGAGCACACACGUUUUUUAAAAUGAGUGUGGAAGUGGAGUUAAGCUUUAGUUUUACAAAAACGUAGACUAUCCAGGUUACAGACAGUACAAUGUCAUGUAUACCGAAUAGCUAUGUUAAAAUUCCUUAUCAAGCACAAAUUCACAAGUAAGUUAAGGGUAUUCAAAGGUUUUUGAUAUUGUUUAUCAUGAGAAAAAUGGAAAACGCUGCCAAUCGACCAAGUCGAACGAGAGUUCGCUCUCACUCGCAAUCUGCAAGAGUGUUGGUUUUCGACGAAAAAACUGUCACUCAUAUGAGAAGCGUUGAUGAACCCAGCCAUCGACGAUUUUCUGAUUCAGAAGAUGGAAAAUUUCCUGUUAAAUCACGUUCAGAAGAAAAAACCAACUUGAUUCAUAUGAGAAAAUCAAAUCUGGGUCAGUCAGCACCAUCACUCUCUUCGAGCAUUAAAGAGCUGGGUUUGCCUCGAAGAAGUAGUCGUAUUGCCCAUAGGAAGAGCUUCAUAUCGGCAACUUCUCCAACAUUACCCAGGUGUCAUUCACCAGUUCUAAGCAGUCCCUUAGAAAGUCCACGGAUGUCUCCAAGUCAACAUUUUGGUUUUGCUCCAAUUAAAAGAGGUGAUGGAAGAAGAUGGUCUGUUGCAUCUCUGCCUUCAUCUGGCUAUGGGACAACACCUGGAAGUUCUAAUGUGUCGUCACAGUGCUCUAGCCAGGAGAAACUACAUCAGCUGCCAAAUCUUCCUACUUCAGACGAACUUCAGAUGCUGACAUCACAUUUCUCAUCAAAUGACAGCAAUCCAAGCAUAGAUGAUGAUGGACGACGUUCUCCUUUCUAUAGACCUAGAUCGAGAAGUCUAAGUAGUCCGAGUCGUUCCCCAGUUACAGAUGAUGAAAUUGUUCUUAUGAACACAUUAUACAAGGAAAGAUUCCCAAAGGCCACUAAGCAGAUGGAGGAAAGAUUGCAGAGUUUUAUUGAUGAAAAUAAAUCACUAGAUUCAAAUGAGAAGUUCAGCAUACUUGCCAAAGACUGUGUCCCCAUAGUGAGAUUUGUUCACCAUCAGAUUGUGGAGAUGGCAAGAGACUGCCUUCAAAAAUCUGAAGAAAAACUGGUCACCAGCAGAUAUUUCUAUGAAAUGUCAGAAAAUUUGGAAAAGUUGCUUUCGGAGACAAAAGAUAAAUCACCUGAUGCAGCAGCCUGGUUAAGUGGAAUAAUUAAAAAGUUACUUCUUAUAAUUUCUCGCCCUGCUCGUUUACUGGAGUGCUUAGAGUUUGACCCUGAAGAAUUCUAUUUACGUCUGGAACAAGCUGAAGGCCAAGCUAAAACAUCGUAUGGAAUAAAGGCAGAAAUAGCUCAGUAUGUCAUCAACAAAUUGGGUUUAACAAGAGAUCCCAUAGCAGAAUUACAGGAAGGAUUAAAUAAGAUGGAAAACAGAGCUGCGGUUACAGAAGAAAGAGUUUCCACAACAGCAGUGUGUCCCUUACCAGCUGCUAAGGACUCUAAAGAAUCAAAGGUGCCAUCUGAGGACGACUUUGAAAUAGUGAAGUUAAUUUCGAAUGGAGCGUAUGGUGCCGUCUACCUCGUUCGUUCGAAGGAAACACGUAUGAGAUUUGCAAUGAAGAAAAUUACAAAAAACAAUCUUGUGCUAAGAAACCAGGUCGAUCAAGUAUUUGCUGAGCGUGAUAUCAUGAGUUUUACUGAUAAUCCAUUUGUAGUGAGCAUGUAUUGCAGCUUUGAAACAAAGAAACAUCUGUGCAUAGUCAUGGAGUAUGUAGAAGGAGGAGAUUGUGCGACACUGGUGAAAAACAUAGGACCUCUCCCACCAGACAUGGCAAGGUUUUACUUUGCAGAGACUGUUUUAGCUGUUGAAUAUUUGCACAGUUAUGGAAUUGUUCAUAGAGAUUUGAAGCCAGAUAACUUGCUCAUAACAGCAUUGGGCCAUAUCAAGCUUACAGACUUUGGUUUGAGCAAAAUGGGGCUAAUGUCAUUGGCUACUAAUUUGUAUGAAGGCUACAUUGACAAGGAAACCAAGCAGUUUUCUGACAAACAAGUUUAUGGAACACCAGAAUACAUUGCACCAGAAGUUAUAUUGAGACAGGGAUAUGGCAAACCUGUAGACUGGUGGUCUAUGGGCAUUAUAUUGUAUGAAUUCCUCAUUGGCUGUGUGCCCUUUUUUGGUGAUACACCAGAAGAAUUGUUUGCCCACACUGUAAAUGAUGACAUUGAAUGGCCAGAUGAUGAUGACUGGCCAGUGCAACCCGAGGCCAAAGACAUCAUCACAUCUCUACUACAACAAAAUCCAAGAGAUCGACUGGGAACAGGGGGUGCUCAUGAAGUAAAGGAGCAUCCAUAUUUCAGUGGUGUGGACUGGAAUUCAUUACUCAGGCAAAAAGCUGAAUUUGUUCCUCAGAUUGAUCAUGAAGAGGACACCAGUUACUUUGACACUCGAAUGGAUCGUUACAACCAUGACAUUGGAGAAGAUACAGAUGAUACAGAUGAGUCACCUCUGUUCAGUUCAUUCUCAUCAUGUACGCCACACUAUCGUAAGGUACAGACCAGGCUAAGUCUAUUUGAAGAAGGGGAUGAUGGCAGUUUCAAAAAGUCAUUCUCACGUGCCGAUUCAGGGCAGUCAGACCAUUCAGAGUCUUCUCCUUCCAAUCUUGGGAGUAAUUUGGACACACCAGAAACAGAUGGAAACCGGGAAAUAAUGGAGACAGGUGAUCGAUCAUCGUUGAAGAAAGCUGCACAGCCUAGUACGCCUGAAUCAUCACAAACUGAGAGUGACGAUGUUUCACCACAGAUCCACAGGAAGAGGAGACUUCACUCAAAGGAUACUCUUCCUCGUUUUUCAAUUUCUGUUGAAGAUAAUCGUACCAGCUCUCAGCCAGAGCAAAAUACAAACCAAUUGCAGCCAUUGCCCAUUCAUCCUUUGGAGGAGAAAGGUUGGCGAAACUCUGACAGUGUUCCAAGAGUGUCAUUACCAGCAAUUCCUCCAAUUGCACCUUGUGGAAAGCACCGUUCCAGAUCAGUUAUCAAGAGUGCAUCUGCGACUGGGCUUUCUCUUAUGAUACCUUCUGAAGAAUGUCACCCACAACCAAUUCAGUCCCCUGGUGGAUCAAGCACUGCCAGUUCACGGGAUACAUCUCCUUGCCGAGAACUGUCACCUCUUGUUACAAGCCUGAAACCACCAAUUAUUAUCCGGCGUGGUCCUCGUGGAUUUGGUUUUACUGUGCAUACUAUUAGAGUGUACUACGGUGACACAGAUUUUUAUACAAUGCACCAUUUAGUAAUGGCUGUGGAAGACAGCAGCCCAGCAUUCGAGUCAGGUGUUCGCCCAGGUGACUUAAUAACGCACAUAAAUGGUGAAGCAGUACAAGGACUUUACCAUACCCAAGUACUGCAGCUCGUAUUAUCUGGCGGUGACCAUGUGACACUGCGUGCAACUCCAUUGGAAAAUACCUCAAUUCGAACUGGUGGUAGGCGUAGAGAACCUGGCCAGAGCCGCUUGGCACGCCAUGCUGCUCCCCAUCGUCAACAGAGACAUCGCCAGAAGAGGGAUCAUCCUGACAAACGUCGCAAACCAUCUCUCUUCCGCCGCAUUAGCAGCAAGCGUGCUUCUGCUGAACUGCAUCAGCCAUUGAAAAUAUCGAGCCCUCUGUCAGCUCCGAUCAUUCCAGUUGACUGUAAACCUCAGUUCAAGCUGGCGGCAGGUGUACCUGCACAAACAAGUGUGACACCAAGUCGCAGCCUAACUUCACUUUCAAUGUCACGACCACUACCACUACCACCUACAGAGCUUGGGCCAUCCUCACCAUUGCGUUCACCACCUACGGUGCCUAUACCACCACAUCGCUCAGCAUCUGUGGAGUCACCAGCAACUUCUUCACAGUCGAGCUCACCUGGUUCUGGUUCAGAUGGUAGUGGACAACCACCAGCACCUCAUUUCCAAAGGCCUUCAACAUUACAUGGUCUAAAACAUAAGCUGCAUACAUCAGCUAAAGGCGUUCGCUCACCUGGGAGACGCAAGUCUGUGGGUCAUAUUCCACUCAGUCCACUGGCAAGAACUCCUUCUCCAGGACCGUUGCCUUCUUCACCCACACGUUCACCUAGCCCCUUGGCAUUCCCUGCUGUUGCUGGACACCAACCAGGUAGCUCAAACACAACACAGUCAUACAGUCCAGGACAACCUCUUGUGCCCGCAACAGGAGCAGUAGCGAAAAAGGGAUUUGGUCGACCAAAGGGAGCUGAACCAGGUUCACCACUGCUGAGACGGGCCCUUUCACCUGAUCGCUUGCAUCCGAGAAGUGCAGAGAAGCCUGCACCACCAUCUGUGUCACCAUUGUGUCAGCCAUCACCACCCAAGGUUACAGUUUCAUCGGCAUCACCUCGCUUAACUUCUGGAGUUGCAGCUUCCGUUCCCUCACCUUCAGAUCCCGAAAGAAGAAAAUCUGAUCCUAAUCCUUGCUCGGAACACAGUUCUAGUGACUUUAGAGCAUCUGCAUCUGGUGAUAGGGGCUCUCAACACUUGCCUCGCAUAGCAGAAGAAAAAGAUUCUCCUACAGGUUCCAAAGAUGAACAGAGUCCACCAUUUGGAGCAUUUUCAGAAUCUACAAUAGAUUGUGAUGGCCGCAUUGAUGUGUCUGUUCGAAAGUCUGCUCCGGGUCGCCUCUAUGAAGAUCGAAAUCAAGAAACACUAUCUGGUUCUGGGUUAACUAAUGAAAAUCUCAUCUCUUCAGAUUCAGAACCUUUAAGUGAUAUCUGCAGUAAUAAAGGUAAUGAAACUCUUAUUAAGAACAAAAAUAAAUGUUCUGUACACAGUUCUCCUGAGUCAACCAGUCAUUUACCCGAACGUGAUGUAAUAACAGGUGGUAAAAAUAACGCCAUGAAAGUUGACAUGAGAGCAGCACAUGAUAGUCACUCUAUCAGUUUCAGUAAAAGGCCUGAUACUCUGCAUGAUGAUAAAUUAACCCAGAAUAAAAUAUCGACAUCUGAAACCAGAGUUACAAGUAUGACACCUGUUUCUUCUGAACUGGAUAAAGUAUCUGGUGCUCAGAUUGUUGCCAGCAAACGUCAGAUUGAUAGCACUGCAUGUGAAAGCAAGUCAAAAUUUAUGCUUUCUGCAGGUGAGACCUAUCCUGCUUCUAAAAAUUUGGAGAUGACUAAACAGCUUGCACCACAAGAUACCUGCCGGGCGAAAGUUGCUGAGUGUUCGGAGUUACAUACAACUUGUAGUGCCUCUGGGUCUGACAUUUCUGUCCAUGAAGCAUAUGGAGGAGGUACAACAUUUCAUAAUACACGUAAUGUCAGUGUACCUACAUCAACAGAUUUUUCUCGUCAGGCUGUGCCUGCAAUUGGGGUGAUAUUACGGGGAAACAAUGCACAGACUCAGCCAUCAAGCAUGCAACAUGAUAUAGCAACAGGCAGCAGUAAGGAAAAAGAAAGUGUCAGUAAAGUAGUAUCUUCUCUCAAGUGCCCAGGUGGCAGUCAUGGCAGAGGAGUGCACAGUUCUUCUGGAGGUGAAUCAGCUUUGAGUAUAAUUCGAAGUUCAAAUAGUGAGCUGAAGAACAGUAACACACAAGUCACUAUAAGAGAGUGCUCUGAUUUGUCAAAGAAUAAAGAGACAUCAUCUUGACAUGGUGUGAACAAGAUAGAUGCUGAAUAAAAUAAGCCAUCUGAUACAUAUUUUCUGGUGCAAAGCUUUUAUUUCUGUGACGUUCAUAUUAUAUUUCCAACCCAAAAAGAGCAAAUUAGAAGUAACAGUAUUGUUAUAAGAAGAAACCAGGGAAUGACUAUAAUAAGAAUGGUAGAGGAAGAUAAACUAGGAUGUCCAUUGAAGUAAUGCACCAGGUGAGGGUACAAAUUUGUGGAGGGGUGAGCAGUGUCUGUUUUCUUUGGUACAGAUUUACAUGGAGCUCUAUUACUUUAUGUGAAAUUCUCACAACAUUUUCAAAAAAGUAAUAAAGAUUUUAAAAUAUGAAGGUUGUAUCUGUAAUAUAUUUUCUGUACACAAGCUAUUUUUAAAAUAACUAUUUAGCACAUUGGCCAAACUCCGUUGUAUAUAUUCAUGUAAAUAAACACUUUUAAAUAUUUAACUAAAUAUUUUAAUAUAUUUUUAAUUGUAAAUUGUGGAAUGUUUAUCAAGUAAACUUCCAGUUGAAAAAUGAAACUAUAUACAUUUGAAAUAUGUUAGAGUAAUCUUGAGAAAUGUCACUUUGUAAAUUCCCCACUCUAAAUUUUAUAAUGUUGACUUUACUUUUGUAAAUAAAUAUGUUUCUGUGUCCUGUAAAAGUAUAUCUAUCUUAAAUCUGUUAUUCUAUCAUUGUCAUGCCUAAGUAUAAAAUGAUUAGCCCUAAAACAACUUUUAAAAGGUAGGAGAUUUCUUAUCUUGCAGUGAUUUGUAUACCUAUUGAAGAUAAUGCCAUUGAAUAUCUUUUUAAUAAUCUUGCUGCCCAUUUGAUUUUGACAGGCAUAUUGACUAAUGGCAUUGUGUUGUGUUGUGAUACGACAGUAACUAAUCUUAGCAGCUGCUAAUUUUUGCCAGUGUAAUCACUAAAAAUUGUUUCACUGUGGUGUUCAUAUCUGUCAAAGACAGUCCCAUAUUUUUUAAAUAAUAAUUGCUGUGUCCAAUAGGCGUAUAGAGGGAAAUCAUAUUUAUUGUGUCAGGAAGAGUGCACUUCUUAGACCUUUAGUUUUAGUGGUAAAUUUAUGCCCCUCCUUUUUUACCUCAUAAAAGACUUAAUGCUUUGUAGUUUUAAACAUAAUUUCACAAAAAAAUGUAAUAAUUUUCAAUCCAUUUAAAAAAAGUAUUUAUAUAGACCAAUGGUGCAUACAUGUUGUGACAGGAAAGUAGCCAUAUUUACACACAUUGUUUUGUUCAUUUAUAUUUAUUCUCAUAUCUGGGUUACACUGUUAUGCACCAAUUUGUUGAUAAUUUUCACAAUAUUUAUUUUUUUGUAAUUUUGAAUCCAUGUACUGUUAUCAGGUUUUAAAUGUGUGGUGUCAUGUAUGUUGGGCGUGGGCAUGAAGAAAGGAGAGGGAGAUUGUAUGACAACCCUCAUUGUUUUUGUUGGUUAAUUUUUGGUCAGCCCAAAUAAGGGCAGCACUGUUCGUGUAUUUUUGUUGACGAUAAUGCCACAAAUUAUUUUUCAAUAAUUUUAGAGUCCAAUUACAGUAAACAGCAAUAUAAAUCUUUUCCAUAAUGUGUAUUGUGGCAUGAAACAAGCUACCAUUACCCAUCUUGAUUGUGUUGUUGUUUGUGAAAGUGCUAGCUCUGAAAGAAGUUGACAAGUGAUAUACAUAACUGUUUAAAAUAUAUCAUAGUACAUUAAAAAAAAAUUUUUAAACCUAUAUAGGCCUGUGGCAUCAUAUGCAUCAUAACAGGUAGGUAAUCAAAAGUGUAAACUGUGAGGUGGUCAUAGUAGGAACUUUUUAGUCCUCCCCUCCUCCACUUUGAGUCUGAUGCUGCUGUAAACUAGUGGCUAGGGUAAAUGAAGCUGAUUUAAAUAUAACAUUUGCAGAAUAAUUAUUCUGAACAGAUGCUUUUCUCAUAAAUGUCAGAAUUUUAAUUAUUUUUUAAAUAAUGAAUCUGGCAGGAUCACCCUGUUUCAUUUUUGCUGUUAUCACAUUUAUUUAAAAUAAUUUGUGAUUUUAGAAAUUUGCAGUACAAAGUGUUGUUAAUGGUUUUGUUAUAUAUUUUGAGGAGAGGAAAGUAGUUUGUUGUGGACUGUCUCCUUGUUCUAGUCAAUACCUACUCUUAAUUUAAAACAGUUUUCUGUUACUCGCAGUGUAAUUAUUUACUACUUCAUUCUCAGUGUAAUUCUGCAGUCAUGAGCAACUUUCUGGGCUUGUUAAUGCCAAUUCGUGACAUUCGGUAGCUUAGUUUACUUUACUUAUUAUUUAUUUUUGACCAUAGCUUACAAUUUUGUUGUGGCUAUGGAAUCAAUAUUUCCCCCUGUCUCUUUACAUCUUUUGUGCUGCAGAUUACAAUUUCCUCACCUUUUGAAUAUGUUUUGCAAGUUUGUAACAGUUUUUUAUUUGAAUAUGCCCACUGCUUUGUAUUUUGAUAUUACAGCUUUUAGCAGGUAUGAUCCCUCUCAUGUGAAUUCCUCUCUUGUCGAUGAGUAUCCUUACUGUGUGAGUUCCUUCUUUUACAAAUUGUGCUGUUUCCAGAUGAGUAAUGAACUACUUCCAGGUCAGAUGUGAAACAUUUUCCCUUGUCCACAUGUAGUCAAGAAGACGUGGUCAGUCUUCAUUGAGUUGAUUUUGUUUCAAGGUGCAUUUGGUAGAGCAUGAUACUUUUAAGUCAGCUAACAGUACCUGAGGUAAGCACUAUGGUUAAUUUGCAUAUGAUGCUGCAAGGUUGUCUAUCAAUUUGAAAUGCUUGGCAAGUACCUGGACCAAAACUUCUUCAAUCAAGAAUUCAGGUCACGCUACUUUUGGCCAACUUGUACGCAUGUCAUCAUCCUAUUUUCAGGUGAUUUUGCAUAUGAUCAUUACAGUAUACACUACAGUACAUUUAAUGUAAGUUUUUGCAUUAUCCUGUGAUGUGUUGUUGCUUAAAUAGUUUUUCUCAUUUUUUUUGUGAAGAAAUUGGUGUUUACCUUUUGCACACGUUUUAAUAUGAUUACAUUGCUCAACUGUAUUUCACCUGUCUUUCACAAGAGAGACUAAGGAUGUACUCACACACAGUACUGGGCAUCAGAGGACAGCUGGUGUGGCAUCACAUUGUGGCACGAUUUAUUGGCUGUAUCAUACUAAAAACUAGAAAAUACAAUUUUUUCCAUAUUAGCAAUUCUUUUUAGCUAAAAAAUAGCCUCUAUGUAGAAUGUUUUUGUCUUCACAAACAUUGAAACCCGUUAUACCUGGUAGUUACAUAACACAUCCUAGCUUUUGAGUAUGGCACUUUAAGCAUGUACGUGUACAGUUCUUUCUAUUUCUUUUCCCCCAACAUUGAAGCAUAGGUAGUGUAAGGAGUAUACACUUCUGCUAGCCUUUGACCACAUUUAUAAGCCUGAAUGCUCAAUUAGACAGCUACAUAUAUUGACUUUGACCAAAGGGGAUUAAGACUUCAAACUUUGCACACUCUGACUUAAACUACACCGGGCCUUUACAAGUUGGCUAAUGAAAUACCACCUUCAUUACUGAUGCUUCUAACAGUUAAUACAAAAAAAUCUUAUUAGUUCCAGUAUAAUUUUUACUUCUACAAUCAUAGUAUACAAUGUACUGUUUACAGGCUUAAUUCAUAAGGUAGAACAUGUGAUGAUUACAUUUCCAGACCAGUCAGUAAUGAUAAUGUAGGUAUACAGUGUAAUAUUUAUGAGGGAAAGUAUCUGUUUUCUUUUGUAGUUCCACUAGACACAUUCACCCUCUGAGAUGAUCAUAUUCUUUUGUGGGUGACAGUAUUUGGAUUACAUUCAAACUUAGUCAGUUUUUCUCCUCUGUCUUCUCGUCAUGUCUGUGGAUGUAGACUCAAUUUGUUUUACAUCUAUAACUCACGUGAACUGUAACUCAGAUGAGAACCAUCUGUCUCUCUGUGGCAGUAGUUUUUUUUCCUUUGCCUCACAUUGUUAUCAACAAUUCCUGUGUGUUGUUCUGUCAUUAUCUUCCAUGUAACUCAUUAUAUUAUUCUCAUUUUCAAGCGUUCUGUUUUGAGAUACAUAACAACAGUAUUUCUCAAUAUUUUAAAUUUUUUUUCAGAGACUGUCCAUAUUCACUUCGCACAACCCACAACACUCUUUGUUUCAGCAGUUUUUAUGCAAAUUUGGCUGCAUGACAACACUUUAUAUAUGUUCAAAGUUUCUGUUGCUGCUUGAAAGUGCAUCCUGUCAGAUGUUAUAACUGAAAAUGAUGCCUAAAUGAUCUUUAUUAUUGUCAACAGAGUUUUUGUGAUGACAUUUCCAUUCCCAAUUGUGGUAAUAAUAUUGGAAAUAAAUGAGCUUUCAGCAGUAUGUUACAGCAAUUUGUUUAUAGAUGACUUUACUGUCUAUAACUGUGGAAGAUGUCAGUUAGAUAAUAAAAAUUAAUAAUCAUUUUUUUAAAAAAAGAGCUGAAAUUAUAAUGUCACUCAGAAUUGGUUGUGUAAUUUCCAUUAUAAAAGUUACUGGUCCUAGGAGUGUCUGUUGAAAUUCUUGUCAUAUAUAAAUGGAGAUAAAUAGAACAUUCCAUUAUUAAAGUUAACAACUAGAUAGUAAGGAAGAAAUGCCACAUUGAAGCAGAAACUGACUUUUACUUAGUUCAUAGGGUUCAGAAACCAGUCAUCAGUUGAUGCUGCUGGAGUCAUCGUGUCCAUAUAAUGUGCAUUGUCAGAUCCCUUUUGAAGAUUGUCUUCUAACAUUUAAUGUCUUCUAUAUAGUUAUUUGUAAAUGUGAUACAGUCAGAUAUAUAUGUUAAUAUAACUGGGGCUGACUAGAGUGUCAGGUACUUCAUUAUUCAUCAGCAACAUUAUAAUUCAUGACAGACCAUCAGCUGUUGCUGGCUUUGGAAUUGUUAUGUAUGGUAAAUAAAGUUUUUUCAUAGUAAAUGGUAGAAGUGUUACUCAUCAACCUAGUUAAGCCAUGAUUUAAAAGUCAAUAAAGCAGAGGAGCGAGGAAUGAAGACAUGGAUAAGUGUGAAUGCUUAUUAAAUUUCAUCAUUGUUAACUGCAUUAAAAUGUGUGUAUUAGAAUUAUAAAUCUGUGGGGAAAAAAGUCACAGUUCUAUCGAGAGUGUUUUCUUGUUGGGAAAAACCAGCAUAGUUUAAUUUUUGUGGCCAACAGGCUACAGUAAGUCAAUGUACAAAAUUUUAUAUUAUUGCUGUAGUGUUUUAUGUUUACAAACUUGGAGUAUGUGUUGGUCAGGAGAAAUGUGCUGCAAAAGCCAGAAGUAACUAGUGCAAGAGUAUUUGAUUUAGAAUUGUAGCUGAGUGUUUGUAGUUAUGUGAAAAAUGAAGGUAAUGUAUCAGCUAGACUUUGUAACUGUUCUUGUUACUGUGUGUUGCUUUUCCUGAGCUUUCAACUCAUCAUGUUGUAUUUUCUUGGUUGUAUUUAGCAAAAUGACAAUCCUGUAGUUUGCUUAGAGUUACCCCAGUUGUGCACUUUCUGGUGUUUUCAAAUACAUCAUACAGCUAGCAUGACAAAUGUAAGUAACUAGAACUUCUGAAAAUCAUAUACUAAAGCUUCAAUUCAUCUUGUGUGUUCCUGGUACUUAAUAGAAAAGGUAUAGGCUUUUUGAUGGACUUUAUUAGAAUAAAUUGGUAUUUUGUGUGUGUGUGUGUGUGUGUGUGUGUGUGUGUGUGUGUGUGUGUGUGUGUGUGUAAAAUGAAGACCUGUAGAUGCUUACUAAUGCUUUCAUCCUUACAUCACUCAUGAUUGCUUCAUAAGGACAAGUACAUUUAAUAAAAUAUUUUACAAUGUUCACACCAAUAUUGUUAUAAAUUUGGGUUGCAUUUCCAACAGGAAAACUGUAGCUGUUGUUAGUGUUGUAAAUAUUUUCCAUCAUCUGUUUGUUUCUGUUAGUGUAGAUAUUCAGCAGACAGACAUACAGACAGACAGACAGACAGACAGACAGAGAGAGAGAGAGAGAGAGAGAGAGAGGACAUAUUUAUUGUGCUUUAUUAAAAUCAUCCUUGUUGCAUCAUUAACUAAGCAGAAGAUAUGUAUUAUUCCCACAUUUAUUUUUCUAUUUAUUAUAAGCUUUUUCAAUAAAUAAUUUGUGAUAUUACUUUAUAUGCACAGCCAGUAAUAUAUAAUUAGAUGAACUGUAUGGUCAAUUUCUGUUAACUGUUAAUUUUAUCAGUUUUUUGGAGUCUCUAGCUCUGUAACAUAUGUUUUCAACAAAAGGGGACUCAACAAUUUGUUUAGAACAUCUGGUAUGCUUGUAAAGUGAUUGAAAUAAUACUAAUGUUGAGAAACUGUACCUGUUUAGUGAUUUACCUCCAAUUGUCACCAGAAUUCUGAAAUAUACCAAGAGACUGCUUUUUGUAGCUUGGAGUGAAUUUCAGUUAUUGGACAAUGAAUGAAAGUUACCUCUGUACGGUACUCAAUUCAGCUCUACUCUUCCUGAAGUUGAGUGUGAUGUAAUAUGUUAGUAAAUGCUACAUUUUCAAUUAUAUUUCUGUAAUUUUGCCAAAUUUUGAAUUGAAUAUAUUCGUUAUUGGAAUGCUGCAUCAAAGUAAUUUGGUGGUUAGCUCUGUAGUGGUGAUAUGUCUGGACAAGUACAUGUUCACAACUAAUUUUGUCUUUAAUUUACUACUGUAAUUCAACAACUAUUACAGUCAGAAUUGUGGAUCGUAUUUGUCAAAAUAAUGAAAUUAAACAAACAACAAGGUCAGUGGAGAUGUAAAGUGUCAUCCUUGUAACUGAAAAAUGUUGGGUGAUAUUAAAACAUAACAUCUUGUGAA